AUGUUGGACGUGGCUGCGGCGUCCAAGCUCACGUUGCGCCGCCUCUCUCCGGGCCGCUAUGAGAUCGACGGGCGACGGGUGACACUCCGUUGGGAGCAGGGCGGCACAGGACUUGUUGUUAUCGAAGAUGAGGUCUUGGAUGCACGGGGCUCCGCGAUGCCGCUUGUGGCUUAUUUGAAGUCCGCUGGCAACGUGGCUGCCUCGCUGAGUGGCCAGCGCGCCGAUAUGCCAAAGAUCGCACGGGUGCCAAAGGCCCAGCGUCUGACCUUUGACGACGAUGCACCUGCCGACGCCUCAUGCAUCGAGCCGAAGGGAGUGCAGGGGUUUAGGGGUUUAAGGGUUUAA